AUGGCUAACUCAACCGUUGUCUUUAUCACUGGCGUGAGGACAGGAAUUGGUAAGGCCUUGGCUCAAGCAUAUCUCGCCCGGUCCAACCAUAUUGUCGACACCUCAGACGCGAGUGUCCAGGAGCUCAAAGAUAACCCCGUUGCCAUUGGUUCUAAACUACUUCUCGUUGCCUUCGAGAGCACCUCAAGCACUGACAUUGCAAAGGCCAUCAAGGAAAUUGAGGCUAUUGAUAUCUCCUACAUUCAUCUUGUCAUUGCAAAUGCAGGCGUCUGUCCUGUCCUUACCCCAAUUGCCACAGUUGAUGUGAACGAUGUGAUCACUGCCUUCAAUGUCAACGCGGCCGGCCCUCUUAUUCUCUUCCAGGCAGUCAGGCACUUGCUCGAAAAUUCAAAGAAGUCGCCCAAGUGGGUGUCUAUGUCGAGUGCCGCUGGUUCCAUUGGACUCCUGGAGGCACAAGGUUGUUCUGGAAAUGGUGAAAGCAGUAACACUAACAUUGAUGAUCAUAGGGCCAUACACAGCUCUGAAAAAUGGCUCACUGCCUUCGCUGUCCAUCCUGGUUUGGUCCAGACGGAGACGGGCAACAGGGGUGCAAAGUUAAUAGGACUGGAACUUGCCCCUAACUCUCUGGAAGAAAGCACCAGCAAAACUAUCGCUGUAAUUGACAAAGCCAGCCGCGAGAGCACGUCUGGAAAGUUCUUCAAUGCUAUUGAUGGCACGGAGAUCCCUUGGUAAAGAGUAUAUCUAUGAGUGCGGCCUGGAAUGGAAGCAAAAACGAAAGCUAAAUGUACUUAUAUUCGGGAUAGUACCUCUUGAAGUUGAUAGACUACAGAAACUUGCC